GGAUGGGCGCAUUGCAAGAUAGCCUCCUUCACAACCACCAAUCCACCUAUUGAAGAUGGGAAGAGAGCCUCUCAUCGGCCUCGUAGGCAAGCCCUCGUCAGGCAAGAGCUCAACACUCAACAGUCUGACUGAUGCCUCCUCCAAAGUUGGUGGGUAAACCAAAUGCGGUCCGUCUCCAAUAUUCGAACUUGCGCUCACAAGUCCUGUAGGUAAUUUUCCGUAAGAAAGACCUGCCGAACCACACAACUGGCACAUUCCAAAGUACUGAUAAUUAUGGCAGCUUCACAACAAUAGACCCCCAGCGCGCGAUCGGAUAUCUGCAGAUUGACUGCCCUUGCGCCCGCUUCAAUGUCUCCUAUAGAUGUAAACCGAACUAUGGCGCAUGCAUUGAAGGACGACGAUCUGUUCCCAUAGAGCUUCUGGACGUUGCGGGUCUGGUACCGGGAGCGCACGAGGGAAAAGGGCUGGGAAAUAAAUUCUUGGACGAUUUGCGACAUGCUGAUGCGCUCGUACAUGUGGUAGAUGUGAGUGGAACAACAGACGCCGAAGGGAAAGCGACAAGAGGAUACGAUCCUUCACAAGAUAUCGUCUGGUUGCGAUCCGAAAUCGUACAAUGGAUUCUCGGAAAUUUGAUGCAGAAAUGGGGUUCCAUUAAGAGACGACAUAUUGCUGUAAAGGCUACGGCGGUUGAAACUCUCCAAGGGCAAUUUUCGGGAUAUGGAUCAACAUCUGCAGUCAUUGCUAGAACGCUGGAAAAAAUGGCACUGAAGGAGCCCCUCGAGCAUUGGAGUGACGAGACUGUUUCCAAAGUUGUAAACGCGUUUACUGACGAGAAAUUCCCAACCGUUAUUGCGCUUAACAAAAUUGAUCAUGCCGAUGCGGACAAGAAUAUCAGCAAGAUUGCAAAAAUGCAAGAUCCAAAAUCCAUCGUUCUGUGUUCUGCUAUUUCCGAAAUCUUCCUUCGAAAAUUAGCCAAACAAGGCUUUAUCAAGUACAACGAAGGAUCAGAAUUCGUAGACACAAGAGAAGAUCUCAUCGCUGAUGGCGAUCCAGAAGGGGGUGGGUUGAAAGAAAUGGACGAGAAACUGAAAACCAGGCUAGAGAAUCUUAAAGAUAUGGUACUCUACCGAUUUGGUUCUACAGGAGUCGUGCAGGUUCUUUCUCGAGCAGCAGAAUUACUUGGAUUAGUACCUGUCUUUCCCGUGAGGAAUGUCUCGAGUUUCUCCAGCGGUGCGAGUGGCAGUAACGCAGUUUUCAGAGACUGCGUUCUAGUCAAGAGAGGCACCACUGUCGCUGAAUGUGCAAGGAAGGUUAUCGGUGAUGCGCCAUUGGCAUAUGUUGAGGGCGCUGGUGGCGUGAGAGUUUCAGAAGAUGAUUUGGUUAGUAUUGGGAAGAAUGAUGUAAGUCAUCUGGUCAAGUUCCACCCAUGCCAAUACUAAUUCUUUCAGAUCCUCUCAUUCAGGGUUGGUCGGGCUUGAGGAAAACUGAUAAUAGGGAUCUGGCGUUGAACGGGGAAAUUUGCAUAGCAAUGGCGUUCAGAAUUGGAGGAUGAGAUAUCAAAAUGGUUGACUUAUUUUUGCAUCGAGAUAUUGCUCAAAUCAAUCUCGUGUCUCGGUGGGGUUUCAUUCGCUUUCCGAGCCCGAACUUGUCGGCCUCUCUGUACUAGCUCACAGUACAAACCUCUGGGCCAGUUGUAUCCAACGUUAGUUCAUUAGUUAAUUUAACGGUAACAUAAUAUAUAACCAGCGCAGAAAAUCC